CUUUUAACUUGAUAACUUGAUUAAUGACGAGAUAAAAAAAAAAAACUAUUCCAAGCGGGAAAAUUUGUAGUCUACAAUUAUUACCAAAAUGACAACUGUCACAUCGUCCGCGUUUUCCUGUCGUAAGUUUUAAUGAAUCACUGAUUCAGAAUCAGUCUGUCAUCUUUCGUUAGGGUAAAAGGUUUCUGAAACGUAUGUAAAAUUUUAGUUGCGAUUUGUGUUUAUUCAUUAAUUGGAUAUAGUGUAUUAUAUAAGUUGUAAGUGAGUUUAGUGUUUUCCUUUAAGUUUUGUGAGAAAUACAUAUAAUUAAAAUGGUUUCUGGACGAGCAUUACAUUUUGUCUUCAAAGUUGCCGAUAGAACACUGACUGCUAAAUUUUACCGUGAUGUCCUGGGAAUGAAGGUUCUUCGACACGAAGAAUUUUCUGAAGGAUGUGAAGCAGCAUGUAAUGGACCAUAUGCCAACAGAUGGAGUAAGACUAUGGUGGGUUAUGGUCCAGAAGAUAACCACUUUGUAGUUGAACUCACAUAUAACUAUGGUAUUACACAUUAUGAAAUGGGAAAUGAUUUCAUUGGUAUUACAAUUCAGUCCAGUGAAAGCCUGAAGAGGGCAGCAGACACAAACUGGCCAGUAAAGGAACAAAAUGGGUUAAAGUAUCUUGAAGCACCCGGAGGUUACAAAUUCUAUAUUAUUGAUAAGCCCCAGCCAGUUGACAAGGAUCCUGUUGUCAAAGUAUCACUAGCAAGUUCAAAUUUAGCAAAGUCAAUAGCUUACUGGAAUGUUUUGCUGACAUUGAAGAUUUUUGAAAAAACAGAUAAAUCCGCUACUCUAGGUUUCAGCAAUGAUCAAUCAAAACUGGAAUUGAUUGAUAUUGGUAUCCCAGUGGACCAUGCGAAGGCAUACGGCCGUAUUGCGUUCUCCUGCCCAUUUGAGGAGCAGCCAAUCAUUGAUCAAAAGAUCCAAGAAGCCAAGGGCAAGAUUUUAACACCCUUAAUUUCCCUGGAUACCCCCGGGAAAGCCACUGUCAGGGUCAUUAUCCUGGCGGACCCUGAUGAUCACGAGAUUUGCUUCGUCGAUGAUGAGAGCUUCCGUCAGCUGUCCCAAGUUGAUCCUAACAGCGACGCCGACUUAGAUAAGUACAUUAAAUCUGAUAAAUCUAGAGCGUAGAGUUCUAGUGCUCAAAAGUACUUAGAGUACGUAGAGAGAGAGUACUUCUUACUAUAUGAAGUUAUAUUUUAUUUUUUAUUUUAUAAAUUAAUUAUUAUAACCGACACUGGUUGUCCCCAUACAAAUAGAUUAUUGUAAUUAUUUUUUUGGAUAUUAAACUAGCUAACUAUACAUUUUAUAGCAGUUAUCUAAUAAUUGUUAAUAAUGAAAUUGUAAUCAUUGGAGUUUAUAACAUGACAGCUGUCAUAAAUCGUCCACUAUGCUUGGUUGAUUUAGAAUGACCCCAUUUGGUUUUUCACUGUCUGAGAAUAAUAUCGUUUUAACUUUAUUAUUUAACACUUAAUAACAAGAAACCUAGUUAUCGCUAACAAGCACUUUUUUAAUAUAUCUUGCAAUACAUUACAUCAACAUCUUAGGAGAAUUUUGAAUUGAAAAUAUGACUUACCUAGUAUAAAUGCAGUAUUAUUUGUUUGUGUCUGAAUAUUACGUGCAAUGCACAUUAAUCAGUGAUAUUGUUAAUGCAAUAAUGUUUUACUGUAUAGAUAAAUAAGGAUUUUAAGGGUUGACACCGCAGGCGUGCAAUUCUAUUUCACCAACGUUACCUAUAAAAUUUAACUUACCGUGGUCUGUAAUGUAUUCGAAAUAUCGUGGUAAACUCGCGUUAAUUUCACUUAAAGAAAUAAUUAUUAUUUGAUGGCAAUAACGUCAACUAAGUAAUUGUGGUUUGACAGCACUUUGACAGUCUACGGAGAUGUUUCCGGGAAGAUCUGGAAGAUAUUUAUAACACCUUAUUUAUCUAUAUAUUUGUGAUGAUAUAGCAUAGCUAUUUUAAUUGGUUAUGGUGUAGUUGUUACAACUUCUUAUGCCCUUUAAUAUUAAGCAUAAUAUUAUAGUCAAUGGUGUUAAUUGUCAUGAAGCAUCUAAAUUGUUGUCGACUCAUGUCAAAUGUCAAGUAUCAAAAAUUAUUUAUAUAUAAUUGUUGCCAUUUUACAUCGAGAAGUGAACUACAUAGGUUAAACUAACAUACACAUAUUACAGUCAUUAUUAAAUAAUAAACUGUUACGAAAAACACGGAUCAAUAAAGAUCGAGUGAAAAGUUAAUCCAUUAGAUUUAAAACGCUCAUUUAUACUAAUCGAAUUUAUUUACUGUUGUAUGUGUGUAAGUUCAUUUAUGUUUAUAAAUAAUUACCCAUU